UUUCCAGCGUGGUUGUCAACUGACACCAUAAAUGCAUUAUCGUACAAGGAUAUGUGUCUGGCAAUUAGCUGGCUAACAUCGCCGCCCGUCAACCUGCCCCGGGGUCUCUACUGGACGGCCAACGUUUGCGGCACGGUCGGAGGGUACAUAUGCAAAAAAAAACAAAUAAGCAAGUACAAUAUUAUCAUUAUUUUUAUAUAUUAUAUUAUCUACACCGAAAACAUGAAGCAUAUCCGUAAUAAACUCAUAAAUAACUAUGAUCGUUUUAACCGGCUCAUCGUUAAAUGAUCGACGUACCGUAGAUUUUUCAGAUUAUUACAACCUGAACACGACCAUGACCGGUAACGAGGGAACGAUCACCUCGUUGAAUUAUCCGGCCAAUUACUAUCAUAAUCUGGACUAUUGGAUACACGUGGUCGGGCCUGACCGGGCACGCGUCGUAUUCCAGUUCGACUCGAUAAACAUCGAGCCGCAAGCCGACUGCCUUUACGAUUACGUCGCGGUGGUGGAAGUGAAAGGCCGCGAAAACCGUACGAUGACGGUGUGCGGAUACCGCGGCAACAACCUGGAAGAGUGAGUUUUCAACAAUUUUUAUUGUGACGUCACGUGUAUAUAUUUUUGCGCUCUCGUUUUGUCUUUAUGCACAGUUACGUAUUCGUAACGGAUUCGAACGAAGCGUACGUGCACUUCCAUUCGGAUUACUCGGUAUCCAAUUCGGGUUUUCACCUCAAAUGGAACGUCGUCGACAUGUCGGGAUGUCCGUCGCAAACUCUGACCGCUUCCGAAGGUCGAGUCGUCAGCCCCAACUAUCCAAACUUUAUACUGCCGAAUCUCAAUUGCAUUACCAUGAUAUUGGCCCCAGGUGAGAAACGGUCGAAACCGCAGCGUUCCUCGACCAAUGACCUCGACCAAUAACGCUAUGUUAUUGAUUUCCGUUAUAGUCGGCCAUCGUAUAUGGAUCGAGUUCGUCGAUUACAACUUGGACGAAUCGCAGACGGUCAAGUUGUAUUUGUCGAGAACCUCGGACUACGUUAUGCCGUUCAAAUUCCAGAACUCGAUCAACGACGGUGCUUUUUUGUCGGAAGGCGAGCGGGUUACGAUUGAAUACUCCACGAACCGUACGCCCAGAGGGAGAGGUUUCAAAAUCGCCUACAAAACGGGUACGGCGGGGUGAUCGAGAUUCUAAUGCGGUAUUAUUAUAUAGUCAUACAAAUUAUGAAAAAUUGUAAUACAUUUCGCAGUGAUGGAUUUUGAGGAAGAACGUGCGAUCAUAUUACAAAACGAUACAUCCGGUUUUAUGUAUAGACUGAACUACCCGUCGUCCAUGCAUUUCCCAGAAUUGCAGUACAAACAAAGACUUAUAGCCGCGAUCGGAAACAACAUCCAAUUGCAGUUCAAUAACGUGGUGCCGGCGCAAAGUAGGCGAUUAUUUCUUAAAAUUGAUUUGCUCGUUUUCAACUUAGGCAUACCAGUGGCGUAGUUAUAGGAGGGGGGAGUUAUAGAGAUAGAUCUCUUCUACAGUCAGUUUUUUAAUUUUACGCACCUUUGUGUAUAUAUAUUUUUAAUUAAAAAUCGAUUCUGAGCGGAGCAGUAUUGUUUAUGUGUUUUUUCAUUUAUAAUCAAGUUGGCCCAGAAAUCAACAAAAGCAAAACCUAUGUAUCAACAUUUGUUGCCAGUUUUUUAAUUUUAUAAUAAAACUAUUGGGAACCCAUAGAUAUUUUUUCCGAAUAAAAUACCAUUAGGCUAUUUAGGCAAACAAUUCCGCAACGAUUAAUCGUUUAAAUUACGAUGUCAAUAAUUUUACUUUUAGGUAUACUAUUUUUUACUAUACGAAGAAACAUUUUCCGAUAAAAUAAACUCCCAAAUAUAUCUAAGGAGAAAACUGUUGGCAAUUUAAAAAUUUUUCAAAUAAAAAAAACAAAUACAAAAGUGCAAUUUUUCGGUAAAAGUAUUUCGAAGACUUCGAAAACAGUUUCAUUUCAAAUACCAUUAUGCGAAAAAUCUGUAUCUUCUUUGAGAUACAAUUCACGUUACACUUUAGUAUAGCAUGAAAUCAUUUUUACUAACCUAAAAAGUGUUUUUCAUAAAAAAAAAAAUACAUAAUAUCUUAGUAAAACUAAUAGCUUCUUCGCCAAUCUUAGAGCCUUAUGCAUAGAUCUGUAUGAAGGUUGUGGGGGAUUCCACACGAAGUUUAUCCAACUAAUUACCGUCAUCCACCCCCGCCCCGAACAAUAUCAUAACCGCGCCACUGAUUCGCGCACUAGGCUAUAGAUCAUUAACCGCCGUAUAUAACUGGGUGUAUGCGUACAGUGGACACGAAUUUGGGCCGUACCGUUUGUCCGGGGCAACAGUCGACCACCGCGAUCGAGAUUCACGACCAUUAUGCCGCUCAGAACGGCACGUGGUGGUUGUUGUGCGAAAACGUCGACCGGCUCAAGUCCGUGCCGAUUUCGAUCACUUCGUUCCUCAACACCAUGUCCGUGGUCGUGAUAUACGGCCAGAAACCGCCGGCGGACGUGACGUCCGUGAACAUCUCGGUAAACGUGAGACCAGGUCAGUACACACAAUGUUAACUGUCGUUACGUGACUUUUUAAAAUAACGCGUAACGCAAUGGCCUGUCCAACUCAAGGGCACGGACGUUUUCGCGCAUGUGUUCCCUACUCCCGGUUGUCGGUACCCGUUUCAUCCGCUCUCCCACCUAUCAAUCUCGCCACCGCCGAAACGCGUCGCGUACCGUAUACGCGGAGAACGAAAUGUCGAUAGCAUUUUGGUUUGACGGCCUUUGCCGCGUGCACGUGUAUUCUCGCGCGAAUGCUCCGCGUUAAUUCGAACGAACCGCGCGAUUCGAAUCUUUUGAGUAACGUAAUUGUUCGAUGUCGCCCGUUGACUCGGGCCGAAACAGCGUAGGCAUGCGCGUACAUUACGAUGUUUUUGGCGAUUUUCGACGUUUCGGUGUUUUGGACAUUGCAACCCGCCGUACACACGCGACGGCGGCGCGGCGCGGCGUACAGAAUCGCGCGGCCACGGCGUGCGAUCGGUAACGAUUGUUUCCGAUCCGUCGAGUAGGGGAGGGGGGGGGGGGGGGGUCCGGCAACGGUCGGCGGUCAGUCACGUGUGCGCGAACGGGUAUGCUCUUGAGUCGGACGCGGUGUAAUUGGCUUUGCAGCGCCAUGACAAAUGCUGAUAAAGUGAUAAAACGCAUUUAUGUGUUCAUUGGUUAAACCGUUUCAAGACUCUGAAACGGUUUUAACGUAUCAAACUGCGUGAUGCGAGCGUUUUUAAUUACCGAAACGGUCUGGCGCUCACGAACGGUUUGCAAAUGUAAACAUGAUAGGAAUACAUUUUAGUUUCAAAACGAUUUUAUUUCGAACCGUUUCAAUGCUAUCUGCGAUACGAUUGUUGUAUUAUUGUUGUACGCUCACUACGCUCAUAAUACUACGAUAAUACAUUGUUUACAUUAUACGUGUUUAAUAAUUCGUAUCGCCGCCUUUCACGUCCAUCGCCACGACCCAUCGCUAUACUAUUACUUGAUUUACUCAAUCACUCCAUCACAUCCGUGUCCUUUUUUUUUGAUUGAAUUGAAAAUUGAAGGAUUAAACUUCAAUUUUGGAUGUCGUUUUAUAAAUAGAUUUUCAUUCAGAAAUAUUAUUACCAAUAGAUACGGAGUCAAAAAAAAAACUCGUCGCUUUGGCCAAAGACCCCGGGACCAACGGGACCGUGAUCGAGUCUUGCCAUCCCGAUCCGUGCGUGAACGGCGGCACGUGCGUACACCGAAAAGUCACGCAAACGUACGAUUGCAAAUGUCGCGGCAACUACACAGGUGAGUCGUGCACCUAUAACGUACGCCCUGUUAUAAAUGGCAUUGUGAAUAAAACAAAUGCGUAGUCGAAAUUAUGUAAUUUAUUUUGAUCGUUUUCGGGAGUUGUUAUAGACGUGACCGAUCAUACGGAUGGUGAUUGUAUAAAUGACGAGCGGUUUGAACGGUUGUCACGCUAUAUCAUAUCGAAAAUAUGACAACAUUCUGAAAUCGAUGAAAAGCCAAUGUGUUUUUAAAUCUUUUGCUGCGGUUUUGUGUGCCCCGAACUGGCCGAACUAUAUACGCGCAAUUACCUAUAUGGCGUACAUAGACCUUUGAAUAAUGAGCGCAGCAAUAAUUACGAUUUGGACUGAAUGUCGUACGUUGUACGGAAAUUAUGCUAAUAUUUUGCAAAUUAACUGCGAAUUUUAGAAUUUGAAAAUUAAUCGUUUUUUAUUUUAUUUUUUUGGUAAGCUUUUGAAAAAUUUCACCAGCCACUCGACUUUUUGAAUAUCAUUUCUAUUUAUUUUAUUAUGAUAUGUAUCUAUCAACCUAAAUAGGAUUUAUAUGAUUUUAACUUUCUAGAAAUAAACCUUAUACGUUUUAUUUAAAUCGUUUGAUUUGAUUUUUUUUUAUUUUAACUACUCAUCUUCACUUUCUUCUUACUCUGCUCGUUAGUCCGUUGAAGACCAUUGAAGUCCUAUUUAUAAUCAAAUAUUACAGAAAAUAAUUGUCCACUUUAAUUAUUACGUUAUUACUAAAUCUGAACGACUCAUUUGCAAAUUUUUAAAAUCGAUUUGUAAUUAUUUGCGAUUAAUUUAUAAAAUAUUGGCAAACUUUUCGUAAUCGAUUGGACACACUUGGGGGGGGGGAGGAAUUGUUAAAAGCUCGCAAAAAAAAAAAAAAAAAUAUAUUGAUUCGCAAUAUCUAAAAAUCGAUUCGCUAUUAAUUUGCAAAAUAUUUAAACACUUUUCGAACAAAACACGUUUCAUAAUAUACUUUUUGAUCGGAUAAAGUUGGAGGGGCCAACUUUACUAACAAAGGACGAGAAUGAUUUUACUGCACUUACGGCGGUGAACAAUACAAUGUCUUUUCAAGUAUUCGUCAUUUCCGCCCUGUAUGUUGAAAUAUACAGACCCGGAAAAAUAUUAUCCCAAAAGACAGAGGCGUACGAAUAUGUAACGCGUAUUCGUAUGUGAAGUAUUUUCGCGAAAUCGCGUGAAAAUGUUGGAAAAAUUAUUAUAAUUAGUUGAGCGUUUGAAACGACCAAACGAUCACCGCAGCUCUCAUGGUUCCCGUUACGACUUAAAACAGUGUACACACGUACAUAUGUAUUUAUAUAUAUAUAGUGUACGCAUAUACGUGUAGCGAUUCAAUUAUUUGUGUUCGCCAACAAACAUUAUUUAUUUUUGAACUUUUCCCAGCGUAUUGAUAUAAAUUAUACUUGGUUUAAGCUCCGUUUGCAUUUAUCGAACUUUAUUAUAAUAUCCACGCACAACAAUACACGCACCCGGACCCGGAUGUUUGGGUGUACGAUACAUUCCGAAUAGGUACCCGCAGCAACAAUGAAUCGAUACUAUAUCACUGUAUGCGCAAGACGUGUAAAAAAAAAAAAAAAAAAAAUUAAAAAAAAAAAAAUAUUGAAAUACCGUACCGGAGUAAUUAAAAAGGUAUUUCGAGGUAUUUUCGGACAUCAGUCGAAAAGCCCGCCUAUCCUACCUGUGCGUGUUUUUUUUAAUUAAACCAAUAUGGAUGCGGUACAUUAAUAAUUAUCGUAGAAAUCUCAUCGUCGCGGUAUUAAUUGUCGUAGAGCGUUAGUAUACGAGUACAGGUGCAUACCGAUAUUCAUUAUUUCGACCGGACCUUUUAAAUAAUCACGUUAAUCAUAAUUUGUUUCGAUCGCUGCAGACGUUUAUGCGUACCAAAAUCGUAUUCUAACGGGAUUUUUUUUUUUUUGUUCGACCCACCCAGAUAAUGAUAAUUUAUUACGACCGCCCGACAAACAGUAUACCUACUGCUGUGGUAAAAUUGCGUCCGAAAUUAUUUGCAUACGAUAUCGUAAAUCGGACGUGUAGAUAGUUUAAUACAAGGUUAAGCGACAAGUUUCAAAAUCGAUUUUUUUUUCCGUUUGAAUACAGUUAUGAAAAAAAAAAAAAAAAACUAUACGGUCAUAAUAUCGAAUAUACCACAUCCUCGUUAAUGUAUAAUAUGUGCGGUAUAAGUUUGUCACGUUUUCGAGCUAGGUGGCCAAUCUUCAAAUAAAUCGAAAAGAUCGGCCGAGUAGGUCUGUUCGAGCUAUGCUAGUUUUCGAUAUAGUGUAUUUUCAGACAGUGAUCGAAUUUCGCAAACCGUAAACAUUAUUUUCGAUGAGUUUUUCGAUUGUCGAAUCGCUUAUCUCUAAACGGAGUUUUUGUUCCAUGAAAUAAAACGUUAUAUCAGCUAUAAUUUUAUAGCACAAGUUAUUACUAUAUUGAGUUAUAAUAUAAUCAUAAUAAUAAUAAAUAAUAGUUUGCAUUCGUUGUUAGGACUAUUAGAAGCAUGACAAUAUUAUUCACUUGUACAGUAUCUGCUAACCGAAGGCUGACUAAGUGCUGCUCCUCUAUGUCAUCCAAUAUUUUGUUGAUAACUAUCAUUUCCGAAAAAUGUUAGAACGGCUAAUACUUACAAUAAAUAUGAAUUACGAAUUUGUAGACGCACUUACUGUAGUUUUUAAGGUAGGUUACAUUUGUUUAUUAGUAGUACAACUACUACAACUAGGUAAUACAUUUCGAAAUGUACUGUUGUUCGAACGUAUCCUAAUCUCUCAAAUUUGCUGUUAUUUUAAAUAUCUAAUUAAUUAACCAAACCAAAAGUUACCUAUUUAAAUGCUCGAUAAUAACUAUAACUACUCUUUUGAUUAUUAUUCCCGAAGAUGUUGUUGAUAAAAGGAGUAAAAGUAUCUACAAAUUAUUCUACUAAUGUACUGUCUACUUGCACGAUAUGUAGAUACCUAUACAUUUCCGGUCCGUUGUUAAUACUGAUAAAAAUAAUAUUCAAGAUUAUUCUAGAUUUUAAUUAUGUAAUAAACGACAAAAAAAUAUAUAUAUUAAUAACGAGAAUUUUUACAAAUCGAAAUUAAUUCAUAAUUGCAUUAGGUAGGUGUAGAUUAGGUUACGAGUUACGUACCUUUGUCAACUCACCAUCAAAUGGAUCUUUUCGUACGUCAAGGUUUAUUUACAUUUAUUAGUUGAUUCAUUGCCAUACCAUUUUGAAUAAUAUUCAAUCCUAUUACAAUAUCACCGUCAUCGGUCAUAUUAUCCAUAGUAUAAACAUAUAAAUUUACGCUAAUAAUAAAAAAAAAAAAAAAAUAACGAGUCGAGUGUUGAAAUUUACGGGCGCUCGGUUAUACAGGGACAAAAACAACGAACUAACGGGCGAUACACCGAUGGUUUUGUUAAAUAAGCAUAUACCAUUAAAAAUCGAAAAUUACGUUUUUUGUAUCAAAAAAAAAAAAAAAAACAGUAAAAAUUUGGAGUAUAAACUGGUGAAAGGGCGUAUUAAAUUACAGAAAAUUAAGUUGGUAAUGUCGAAUAAAAAAUAUCCAGGAGCCUUUUCAAAUAUAAUUAAAUCAACGUUGAUUUUUUAAAAGGGCGUAAACCACAUUCAAUGCAUGUAUACUUUAUGUGCAAAGCAUUAUGCAGUGUACGAGUAAUUUUAUUGUUUUCCAUGAUAAACAUCGUUAAAAACUGUUUUGCUGUUUCUUUGCAAUACAGUUUUUUUGCUUCCUAAAAAAAAGUGUUUUAGUGGUAUACGCCCUUUUACAAAACACCGUCAAUAUAUUAUACAAAAUAUAACCUUUACGGACUUAACGAGUGUGAUAAGAUAAUAAAACAACAGAAAACCUGUAAUUGAAUAAUAAUACAAUUUUCCUAUUUCGAUCGAUUAAUCUAUCGAAUAUCAUUUGAGAAUAUGAUUUCGGAUGGAAAUCGAAAACGUAUUUCUUCUCGAUCGAUUUUCGCCAAUUUCGAUAUGUUUGAUAAUACAUUCCCGAGUCACAAAAUCGAUGAACACCGUCGGUCUAUUUUAUUUAGUCACCAAGACCGGAGGGAUUGCAUAUUAUAGUUUGCUCUGCUGGGGUUGAGACGUGCUUAGGGUGUUUAGGGAUACGUAUACUGUGAAUACACAUGACUAAAUAAACAGAAGCGCUACGCGAAAAGUGAUCCGGAAAUUCGUUACUAGUGUGUUCCGUCGACGGUUUCCCCUUGAAAUUGUAAACAGUCGGGGGAGAGAGUAAACUGAAAAUCGUUUCUUCUCGCAAAGAUCGGGCUGCUACGAGUUACAAUAAUUUAAUCACUUCAUUUUUGAUGAUACACCUUCCGGAACAAGAACUUUUCUUAUUUGAUAAACACACAGUUGAGUCGUUAAAUGUGAUAUGGAGAUUAUUAUUAUUAUGGAUAUUAUUAUACAUAAUGGUCAAGAAACAACUUCGAACAAUCUUUUCAUGUUACCCCUCUAACAGUGUAUUUACAGACCUUAUCCGAGUUUGAUCGAAGUGGUUUGUAUAAAUUCGUCGUAGUUUCUUAUCGACUUGGAUCUGAGUUUUAUAGAUUUAAUCGAAACAAUACAUUUUUCUCGGAGUAUUACCGAAUUUAAACAAACAGGUAGGUUAAGUUUAUCCAUUUCCUCUGUUUUAUCCGCACCCGCAGUGGUUUUUUAUCGAUUAAGUUCUAUAAAUUUUAGGUUUACACUUCAUACACUGUAACCUCCUUAGACAUUGCGAAACUGAACCUUAUACUUGUUGGUCCAAACUUGAUACUAUUCCAAGGCAGUAAGUGUUCCGAGUGUAAACGGUAAACUUACCGAGUACUACCGAGUUAACGAAAAUUCACUCCGGGUUUAAAUGAAGCGGAGAGGGAAUCGAAAACUCAACCUACCUAUUAGUCCGAACCUUAUAACAGUGAUAACGUUCUAUGGAAGUUCGAGUUUUAAGUGGAACCUAAAACCUGGGUCUUGUAUGAUAAUGAAACUCCUAAAAUUAACUUGGUUACGUUUCAAAUAAUAAUUGUAAACACGCACGCACUGACUCGCGUCGAGUACUCGAUCCAAGUCUCUCGUGGUCAAUGAAAAAUAUUGUAACGUGUUUUUACAGGAACGUUCUGCUCGCUGACGUAUUGCGACUUGGGCUAUUGUGUUUUCGGCGAAUGUCUGUUGGCCGGCUCCAACGGUUUCGUGUGCAAAUGCCAGUCCGGGUACACGGGCCGUCUUUGUGAUGAGAAGAUCAAACCGUGUGACAUGAACCCGUGUAAGGACCACGGAGAAUGCGUGUCGUUAGCCGAUUCCGAUUUUCAGUGCCGAUGUUACGCGUACUGGACAGGUAAGUGUACAAUAUACAAUAAAGUGGCACAGCCGGGAUUUUUCAAUGCAGGAAGUGGAUGCAGUUUACGUUAAUUUCCUCAAUCAUACUCGGGAAUUGAGCGUACUUACAUAAUCAAUGAAAUAUUAAUAUAAGACCAUAAAAACUCAUAAUAAAGUAACGUAAACAUACUCGUAUAAAACGAGUAUGAUGAGAGUUAAAAAAAUACAGCCAGUAGGGGGAGGGUGGCAUGGUCCCCGUUCUUUUCUUGGCUAUGCCGCGGAUAUAAUAUUUUAGAAAUGGCGUACUAAGUGCCGCCAUCGAGCAAAGAUGCCGUAAAAAAAAUCCGUGUUGGAGUGGAUAAACAAUUAUUUUUUCACCACAUUGUCUUCUCUUUAAAAAAAAAAAAAAAAAUAAAUAAAUAUUUUCCAUACGAAAAUUGUGUUACGAUAAUUUUUCGUACACCUUUUCGUUAAACGCUCCCAAAUCAUAUGCGGAAAUAAUGUUUUUAACUUUUUCGAUAGUUGGAGAAGGGGCAUUCGCAAUGGUCUUUUCGAGCAAAAAAAUUAAAAAUGAAUCGAACAAAUGUGCUAAUACACGUGGUUUUAGAACAAAAAUAUUAAAUUAAAUUUAGCGCAAGAAGAAAAACUGUCGAUUUUUGUUUGAAUAAAAUUAAUUUGAAGAGGCUUAGGCGCCAAACGUCUCUUGCAUAUUAUUUUGAUUUUUUUUUUACUCUUAAAUAUCAUACGCGUUAAAUUAUGCGUUUUUGGUACGAGCAAAAUUUACUUUAAACUCUGAGCGUAUUUUCUUUCGUUGCUCUAAUAAAUACAACUUUAUUGCACACGUGAACAAAUUAUUGAUUUUUUUUUUUAAAAAGUUAUAUUGAAACCCGUAUGUUUUAUUGUUAUUUCGGACAGUUUACCUCCGCGAAAAAAAUCCAAUUUGGCAUGCUACGUACUAUAAUAAAAUAGGUAAUAAUAGGAAUGAGACAAAACAUAAAUGUUCGUUUUCAAAACAAAAAAAAAAAAAGGAACCUUCUGUUUUAUCGACACGGGGCACUUGUGCUCGGCGGAGCGGUACACUGGCCGGGCGGCGACUUAUGAAAAAUAUUAUAUCGGAGACGGGCCGAGAAAAACUUUCCGUCGCGGGAAAAAUAAAUGCGUUCGUAUGUAUUUAACUCACGUCGUGUGAUUUGUGCGCAGGUACACUGUGCGAGAAGCAAAUUGUACGCAUCACGUACAAACCGUUAACGGAACGAAUGCUCCAAGAACCGUUUUGGUUGGGCCUGCUCACCGUGUUCGUGGUCAUGGGCAUACUGGGAAUAAUAUGGUGCGCCAAACGUCACGUGCCCGAGAAAAUCGAGAAAAUAUUAUCCGAGGAGGCCGAACGCAGCAGACACUGUAAGAAAACGAUUCAAUUUUGUUUUACUUAUCUAUCCUUCCUCAUUCCCUCUAAAUAUGGUAUACAUAAAGCGAUCGAUUCAUCACGAACCGGCGAUUUUCUCGAAGUAUUUUAAGUGCAUUUGAUUUCCGGUGUUUUUCAAUCGAUAUAUUAUACAAUUAUUUACGCUAUAUAUUAACUUUUUACCUAUCUUUCUUCACUGCGUGAUUAUACUUGAACGGGUACAUAACGUAUUCCAUUUAUAAAUAGAAACCACCCACUUUUAACACACAGAUUCGAACAGAACAUAUUUGAAUUGCUAUUGGAAAAUCAAUAGCGUACACUCGUUUGAAGUACAAUAAUAAUAGCCAAGGGAGCAGUGGGGAUACAAUUUUAAAAUAGUGUUAGAAUAAAACUUGAAUGAUUUAAACAUAACGAUUGGAAAAAAAAUAAUAAUAAAAAAAUAAACAGAAAUUGAAUUUUCUUUUAAAACCGUUCGAAAAACUCGCUGGUUCGUGACAAAUGGAUCAUUCUAUACACAGAGUGAUCGACAUAAUGUACGGUUGCGAAUUAUAUCGGAAAGUUUUAAAUAUGUUCGAUAUUUGUUUUUUAAAAAUAAUCGUAUUGUACAAACAACGAUAUCACGUUACCGUUAUCGUGUGUCGCCCUUAUUGUUUCGGGGGUGAAACGAGUGUAUUUAAUUUUAAUUUUUAAAUAGCAAACAAUAAUAUUAAAUAAAUCAUAGUUAUAGACAAGAUAUUAUAGUUCAUUACAAAAAAUAAUAAUGCGCGUGAAACAUUUUAGAGCUACUUAGAUUACUUCCGAUUUGUAAAAAACAAAUCAAUAAUUUCCGAGUUAAUGAACGAUCAGAAGUUAUGUCGAUCGCCCUGUAUAUCGCCCAAUAAUAUGCGCGUAUGGCGUAGAAUUCGGCGGCGGUUCGUCGAUUCAAGCCGAAAUUAUCGUGUUAUCGUCGAAAUGACCGAAUCAAAAGCAUAAUAUUACCAUUGGCGUAUUGCUAGAAUUACGCGCGUUUCGAGUGUCUGAAACCGACCAGAAGUUAUUGUAUUAGAUAAUGUCUGAAGUUUGACUUGGGUAUAUCCACGUCAAACAUUUGACCGCGACGUGAACCAGGGGGGGGGGGCUUAAAUAUUAUAAUGCCGGCAGUUACCGCGCAAUCGCGAUGGAACAACAUUAUCGUCAGGAAUCGUUUCGGUGAACCGGAGGAGAAACGCUACGUCCCUCGGCAAACCGUUUACCGAAAUAAUUAUACGGUGAUUUGUAUGCCCGAUACGGUAGAAAAUUAUUCCGUUUUGGCAAACAGGCGUUUGGACGAGGGCCCGUCGCUCGUUAUUCGCAGUAGCCAUUAUAAUAUAUUAUAUAUACUUGCGGUACAAUAAGGGGUUAGGGCGGAAAUAGUUCAAAAUACCUCCCACCACCAGGCCGAAAAAAUUUGAAUUAUUUAUCAACGUCACCUGCACAAACACCACAAACGGAAAACCGUAUUAAAAUUCAAAGUAUCAAAGUAUACACGUACCGUACUUGUAUACCUACUUAUUACUGUAGGGCUCGUAGUUUUUGGCAAAAUAAAUCGUUUAUAAAAAAAACGUUGAAAAUAACUAAGAAAAAAUAAGUACAACAAUAUUUUUCUAAUGAAAUACGAUUCUGAAAUAUGUUUUAAAAUGCUGUAAUUUUUCGUCAAAAUUUAAAAUUUAAAAAGCUUAUGAAAACUAUAACAUUAAGUUUAGUUUUUUUCACCAUGAAAAAAAAAAAACUUGAAAAAUCUCGAAUAAAAUUUUUGAAAACUAGGUACUGUUCAGUGAAAACAAUUUUAUUCAAAUAAUAAAAUUAAAAUAUCUCAAAAAUGUCAAAUCAUUCUAAAUAUCUAAAAAGAGACUAAUAUAUUUUAGAAAUUUCACCACGUCGAAAAAAGGCUAAUAUAGGUAUUAGGAGAUAAUGUAAGACUUCUGUAAUUAUUAUUUAUAAAUGAAAUACAACAAAAAAUUAAAAUCGAUAGUAAUCAAAAGCUGUGAUAUCCGUUAACUUCCUCCUCUUUUUUUCUAUUUUUACCUAGGUUUUCUCGAUUAUUAAGAAAUUAACAAAAAAAUCGAGAGUAUUCUUAAUGUACCAACUAGAUCUAAAAUUCUAUAAAAAAAAAAAGCUCUUUUGUUAUUUUUUGAUUAGAGCAAGAUUUAAGGUUUAAUGUUGUUCACAAUAUUUUAAAGAAUGUAAAAUUAAAAAAAAAAAAAAGCACACAUCAUAAUAAAACCAAUAUAUUCCUGGCUGUAACCAGAAUCUAAAAAAAAUACGAAAACUAUCCUCCCCCUUCCUCCCGCGUAACCACUACUAGGACGUUUAGCAAUUGUAAAGAACUUUGUGCAAUAACACGGGUAGUAGUUUUUAUUUUUUAAUUUUCCAGGAAAUAUGAAUUAUACAAAUAUUUUGCUCAUAAUAAAAUUUAUAAAACAAAUAUUCAGAUUUACUUGAUUUUAUUUUAACCGUUUUCCAAGAUGAAAGGUAUUUCAUAUACAACCUAUAAAAUAUUUGAAAUUAUAUUGUUUUCUUUUUUUUUUACUAGAAUUUUUUUAUUAAAAACUCUAUAAAAUUUUCUGGUUUUUAUUACUAGAACCAUCUAGAUAUUUUUUAACCACAUUAGACUUCUCUCAUAUGGAUAAUUGGAAACGUUUCGUUAUUGCACAGAAAAUACGAGAAUAAAAUUGUAUCUAUUAGAAAUAUUAAGGGAACAGUAUAUUUCACUAAAAUGUUGAGCUAUCUAUUCAUGGAGUUAUUCAAAGUUUGAUGACCAGCGUCAUGAAGUAAAUCCCGAAAAUAACAUUGCAUUUACCACUCGAUUAGACUUAGGAUUGGCCACCAAUUGACGGUGUAAAACCAAAACUUUCAUUUUUCGGCAAAAUUUUGUUGAAAAAAGAAGGAAAAUACAAAUAAUCAAAUAAAUUAAACGCAUGUUAAAAUAUAAAUUUGUAACUAUAUACACGAAAACUUGAUUUCACUUCGAAUAGUACUCGGUUUGAUAAUUUUCAAAUUUUUCAUUAUAUCGUGUUCGUGUAAGACGUAAGUAUACGUAAUAUUAAAAAAUUUCAUCUUCCUGACGAAAAAUUUGUUUAUUUUUUUUUUUUUUUUGUGACACUAAACUCGAGCGAUUGUUGAUUAAGUUACAGUUAACGCCUCGGGGAGGAUGUCGAGCGUGCGGGGCGAACUGCUGGUGCCCACGGUGAGGACAAACGGCGCGACGCCCUCGGAGGGCGGCAAUUCACCGCCGCCGCAGCCGCCGAAAACGUUCCUCCGACGACUGGGUAUACGAAAACCUUCAUUAAUGAGCCUCACCAGUCCGUCACAGACGGGCCGAACGGCUCGUACGUUCAGCCUGGACGAUUUGCUCAGGCCACAAGUUCCGAGUAAGGUGUCUCCACUCUGUGCCCUAAUAACUUCCUGCCAAAAAAAAAAAAAAAAACCUUCGCAACUACCCUUUUUUUCACACCACCGCCGUAUUGCACUGCAUAUUAUAAUGUACUUUACUUCUACGAUGCAUUGUGUGUUCUUCUCUGUCUCUGUCGGCACCUCACCUGGACUUGCUCGAACACCGUUGUCAAUAUUAUAUAUUGUUAUUAUCAUUAGACGUGUUUUGGCGAUGCAGUUUUCGGCAGCGUUGUUUCCUGUUGUUUACUAUUUAGUUGCGAUGUAGCCAAAACAUUUUUUUUUUUUUUUACCACACAGUGUAUUACCGAAGUUACUGGUGAUAACCAGUAACCGCGAUGACAGUAAACGUAGUUUUUAUAUUAUUUGAUGAUUCCCUUCUUAACCUGGUUACGCAAACGGCAUUUCAGUAAACAAUAUCGCCCAAACAGCUUGUUCACUAAACUAUAAGUAACCGUGUUGCUCAAAACUACAUCUCCAAAACGCGGCUAUAACUAUCAUUAUAACUACCAUCAAGGCUAGGCAAUAAUGGGUUAAAAAGUUAAAUGUCAAGUUAGUUUUAAAUAUUAACUUAACAUGUUUGUUUGUUUGUGUUUGUUUAUUUUUUUUUUUUUAAAUAUGUACCAUUAACUUAUUAAAGAACGAGUUAAUUUUGAAUCACGUCACGUUAAAAGGGUUGGAAACGGUUUUCCAAAUUGUUUACAAUAUUGUAUCAUUUGAAAAUUGUUUUUUACGUUUCAGUGGCACCGCUUUGUCUACUGCCUUAUGUCUAUUAAAGAGGUAGGGUACAGUCGUUUUACCGACAAAUAUGACGUUUAUUUAUUUUGAAAACUAAACUCGUAUUAAGGAUACAAAGAUAAAUACAUUUUUUUUAAACUGAAAUUGGAUUACGAGAAGUAUGUUUAUUUUACUAUUGUUUUAAAUACAUUAACAAAUUAAUUACUUCCUAACGUCUUAAGGCAAUUUAAAUUUAUUUUAUUUUUUUAAUUUUAACACAAUAUUUAUACUAUUGUAUAACUAAUAAUAUGUAUUUCCUUUUAACUUUGUUUUUUUUUUUAAAGUAGGGGAGGCUACUGAAUCUUUACACUAUACUUGAGUAUGGAUUUAUAUUCCAGCUCUCGUGUUUGUUACCACCGAUUAGUUUUUUUUAUCAACAAAUCACAAACUCGCUAUGCUUAAUCAUGUUCACUGUGGAAAUAACAAUUUUUCAACAAAUGAAAUUAACUCAACUUGGGUUAAUUAGUUAUUUAAAUAUUAAAAUUAACUUUUAGCUUACCCGAGUAAAUAAAUGUAUAUAAUGCACUUAACUACGAACGUGUUAACCCAAUCAACUUCAUUUAACCAAGUUGAUAUCAUUAUUCAUUAACUUGCCCAGCCUUGCUUGUGUAUUAUUUAUUACUAAAUUAUUACUAUAUUAAUACCGUUGUAUUAUAUUAUUAUUAUGUCGUUAUGUGUGUUUGACAGACGCAAUCAUUUUUUUCUGUCAAGCCCUAUAGGGUUUAUUUAUUUAUAAAUCCUAAUAUUAAAUUAUAAUAUAAUAUGUUGCAAAGUCGAGUGCUAUAGGUAAGCUAGUAGGUAUUUAAUAAACUGUUGAAUAUUUAAUUUAUUUCCCCUUUAUAAAACCCUACGUAAUAAAUAAUAAUCAACUCGUUUUUACAAACAAAGUUUUUUUUCGUGAUAAUUAUUAUAACAUAUGAGAAAACCAAAAAAAAAAAAGGGAAAAAUAUUAUGAUUCGGGACAGAAAGAUAUUAUUGCAGCUGUCAGAUCACACAGCGAUACACUGUACAUAUUUAUACAUAUUAUAUACGAGACGAAUGUACUAAAACCAUUUUAUUUUAGUUUUUAUUAUUUAUUCAGUACGUAUACGUAACAAUAGAGAUUAUAAUUUAUAUUAUAACAGAGAUGUAAAAAAAAAAAAUACAUUUUACCUGCCGGUCGAAUUCACUUUUUUUUUUUUCAAUUGUAUGCGAUAAGUAACAUUGAUUAAACGUAGACACGUAACAGUGAUGGCGCAAAAUAAUUUGAUCUGUCGCAAUUUCGUUAUGUUGGUCUGAUUUUCACGAAAACUCAAAAUAUACAUUUUAAACGAUCCCUUUGGAAAACCCAAAUCAAUCAAAUGAUAAAAAAAUCAUUUUAAAAACAAACAAAAAAAUUAUCGGAACAACGAGAAGUUGAAUGUGUGGUGGGAUACUUGAUAAAAGUUGAAUUCAAGUAUCAUCCCUCUGAAGGCAAGAAGUUUUUUUGUGUGGGAUUUAGUAGACGAGUAAAAUCUAUUGAGUUUUACGGGUUAUCUAUUAUAUUGAUUUCGUGGGUUCAUUUGAAGUAAGUAAAAGGGUAAUUAUAAUUGUCAUUAAUUUUAGUAUUUAAAAUUAAUGACAAUUAUAAUGGUUUUGUACUUUCUUUUGCUGAACAAUUGUAAUUUAAAUUUAUAAUAUCAAAAAUUAGUCCAGAGAAAUGUUCCAUUUUGUCCUUCGUUUGUUUCUGUGUACUUUUAUUGUACAAUUACAACGCAUCGUUAUCGUCUUUUAACCGUUAGAAUUCAUUUGUUGUUUGAAUCGGUCGUCCAGCUACUCGAGGAAAAUGUAUUUUAACAUCAAAUGCUUCAGCAAUUUCUUUUGGUUUUGUAAUUAUUACGGAAAAUUCAGUCUAUGUAAUGUUGAAUCUAUUUGAUAAUAAAUACUCAAUUGUAUUCUCUCUUUCGAGUUUAAACAAUUUUGUGACGCAUUAAUUGCGUUUUUAUGACAAAGUCUAAUUUCAUGAGUUUAUGAAACCACGUUCAAUUUUAGAUAUUUUAUGCAUGGAGAAACAGUGAAUUACACAACACGCUACAGUUAAUAAUGUAGACGUGUACUCGACUUGUACAAAAAUACUGCAUAAUACUACAGAUAUUAUCUGUAAUCUUGUUUUCAGUGGCGUACCGAUAGUAUGGCAUGAUGGGCAACAAGCCACGGGCCCGUGAAAUUGGCUCCAAAUUAGGGCCCGAGGCAUUAUUACUAGAGGGCAGACAUUUUUGUUUUUUUUUUUACUCCGAACUGAAUAAAUAAGGUGUAUGAACUCGGGUUGUGCACUUGGCUAGCGCUAAAAAAUAUCGAUGGGGAAGGGGUUAUACACACACAAAUUUUACGAAUCUUCAAUAUUUUUGCGCUAAAAUUCAGCAUACAAUUUUGCUUGCAGUAGUGGCGGUUUUGGUUUUGGGGCGCUGCUGUAGCACUCUCUAUGAGGUGAGAUAUUUUCCCACGGGCAUUGAAUGUUCUAAUAACGCAACUGCUACUUUUCAAUUGUAGUGAUCAAUAACGAUAUCUUCCGUUAUAAAAUCACCAGGGUUAUACUUCAUGUUGGUAAAAUUAAUUUAACUCGCCAAAAACGGUAGGCAUAAACAAUAAUCGUCUAAACGGACCAUUUAUUUUUUGGUGAAAAAACGACCAAACGACCAUCGUUUAAAUUUGCAUCUCUGUUUAAUAAUUUAUUUUAUAUGUUAUAAAAGGUGUAUUUAGACGAAAUUGAAAAACGUCGAUUGUCAUAUUUUUUUUUUUUUUUUUUUUUGUAAUACAUAAGACUAUAAUAGAUAGACUCUAUUUUUAUGGUAUUUUUAAAAUGUUAAUUAUUUUCAAAAACUGCUUAAAUUCAAAUGCAUUGAAACUAUAAUUUUAAAUUUUUUUCGAAAAUGUUCAUGAAGCACGAAUUUAAUAAUAAAUUACAAUCCAAGUGUUUAAACACUGUUGCUAACGUUAGAAAAUUGUUCAAAAAUUUGACUGACAUAAAAUAUUAUUGGGUAGCUUGGAUUUAAGAGAAUCUUCAAAAUUUUUAACGGCUAAUUGAAGUUUUUAAAUACUCAACGGACGUAUUAUGUUUAGAAAAUAUUAUAAUAACGCCCCGUUAAUCAAUUGAAAAAUUAUUAAAUAUUAGAAAGGGACAUAGUAACACGCCCAUUAACGUACUUAAGGAUUUGUGUAUAGACAAUGUUCUCGACAUAUUUAGAGAAAUAAAAUUAUAUCAAUUAAAACACAUUCAAAUUCACUUUAAAAUACAUUUAUAAGUAUUCCAGAAAAACCAUUUUGUAUGGUCAAAAACUAUUCGAACGACUUGGUUUAGAAACCAAAUUUUCACCACAGAAAAAAAGAGAACCUGAACUGUGCAUCGUUGAUUUAGUUUUUCGAUAACUAUGAAAAUAUUUAUUAGAUUUUUAAAAACCAUUAAAACUAUCGGACUUCAGAACAGUUAAAAUAUUUUUUUCGAUUUUUAGUAUCAAAUAACUAAAAUCCAAGAUACACAAGGCAAGUUUUCUUAUUUGCUAUGGUGAAAUCUUCGUUUCUCAAUUAAUUCUAUUUUCCGAGUACUUUUUGUUCGUGUUAAAUAUUUUUACAGUCGAAUUGCGAAAAGAAAUUUUCUACUUAAAAUGUCAUAAAAAAAAAAGAACACGUGACUAUAAUCGAAUUUAGAUUUCCCAAUUCACCUGAAUACACCAUAUGUACAUAAUAAUAUACACGUUAUAAUUAACUAUUAUACUUUAGCUUGUAUAUAUUUCAACUUACUGUUGAUCAUAGCACGUUCUUCAUUAUUUUACUAUUAUUACAAUAGAAUAAUAUAAAUAAUAAUAUGACGUAUCUCAUGUUGUCACGUUAAUGUUGGAAAUUCCGUCAACGUGUCGACUUGCCUAGUCAAUACUCAUUAGCUAUAGAUUAUGUACUAGUGUUUUGGCUCGUAAUAACAAGUAUUAGUUAAUUUAUUUACCUCACGUAUAAAAUUAUAAUUACAAAGGUGGGACUCUCAGUGGCGUAGCCCAUAGGGGAAUAUUUAAAGACCCUAUAUGUGUCUUUCUUAUUUAUGCGUACUGUAUGCCUAUACUAUUUUCCGAUUUGACCGUUAGCUACGUUACCAGCUAUUUCUUCCGCUUUUUAAAGAACAUUUUAUGCACUGGACCGUGUUGAAACGUGUUUCAAAGGAGAUGCGCACUAUGUCAGAAAAUACACUCAAUAGGAUAGCCAUGGCUGAGAUAAAUAAAUAUAAAAAAAAAGACAUUAAUGAAAACGAUAAAAUUACUGCCUUUGUUCAAAAUUAUCCUAAACGGAUACAGCUCACAGACGGGUGUAGUAUAGAUAUUAGUAUAGUUACAAGAUAUAUUUCAAGACUCUACACAUAUUGUAUAUUUCCAUUCCAUUAUUAAGUGUUUUUUUUUUUUUUUUAUUAAUGUUUGUUUAAAGUAUUACAUUUUAAUGAAAACACUUCUCUUCGUAUUCAAACCUCCCUUAUUAGGCAGUUUAAGCCCUCCAAUUCAUAAUCCUGACUGUUUAACUGACGAUUUUUAAAUCUGAUCACUUUUUUUUUUUUUUAUUUUGCUUAUGAUGCCUAUUGUUAAACCUUUGUCAUUAAAGGGAGGAAAGGAGUACAAACGAAGAUGAUAAAAUGUACAAAAAAUAUACAAUAUAUUAGGUAUGGCAUUGACAUGAUGGUACUUAUUCCAAAUUUAGUUUGAAUAACUAUUUCAAUAUAUCUUUAUUUAAAUUCUAUUUUUUUAGUUGUCAAUACAUUGAUACAUUAUGAGAAAUACUAUUUUUGUGUUUAUCUUUGUUUAAUUUAUUCAAAUAUUAUUCAAUUCAUCUUGUAACUAUUCGAGGUUACAAAUACUAAGCCUUUCAGCUAUUAGUAAAGUUUCAAAAAUAAUUCGAUUUCAGAAAUAAACAGUUUAUUAACUUUAAUGAAUACCAUGCCAUUUUUUAAGGAAAAUCUACUGCGUGUUCACUUCCCUUCCCUUAAGAAAACUCUAAGAGCUGAUUAAUUUUUUUCAGUUUCUCCACCCCUCCAUUAAGAGUAUUUUGCAUGUAGAAUAUAAUAUUUGUAACAAAAUCUACUAAUAUCAAUUAUAAUCGUAAAUGCGAGAGUAUUAUUAAACAUACGUAUAUGACUAAUACGUUGACAUGUUAAAAAAGUUUAUUAUAUGAAAUUUAAAAACGGUUUACAGAGUAACGGAUUUCAUACAUUAACGUCGACGUAUAUAAUUAUAUUAUUACAAUCAAAAUGCUUUUAUAUACGAAAGCUGUUAACGAACUUUGACUGUUUCGAUUUCAGGAUUCAGUCAUAAUCGCGCAAAACAGAAAAGCGUUUCACCGUCGAAAUUCCGAACGUCCAUAGCUGACAAAUCGGAAAUACUCCAACAGCUCAUAUCACCCGGACUCGAACGUCAGGCAAGUUUCAACGACGAAAUUAAUUUAGUGGAAAAAUUAUCUACGAAUAAUAUCGGGCCCAACGACAUUUUACUGCCGCAGUCAAACGUUUCCCAAGAGACAAGUUUUUCUAACGACUGUUCAAUAGGUAUACACGUACACAGACAAUUUUUAGCGUAUAAUUUAUUUAGAAAAAUAAUUAAUUUAAUUCUAAUUUGAAAUCCAGACGAAGCGGUGCAAAAAAUCGAAAAGAAAGUCACGUUUGCUAGACUGAUGAACAAAUUGCAAUCGGAAAUCAGCUCUACGAGCUCUGAGUUAGAUCCUCAAUCCAAACGACUUUUGAGAAGACCGUGUCCUAAUCAAGCCAGCGAUUCAAUGUCUAGCCUGGAAUGCGUAUUAGGUAUAUAGUGUUAAUAAAAUUAGAUUUAAAAAAAAUAUAAGUAUAAUGUACAAGUUUAUUACAAGCACUCGGACUGUAUAAUAACAUAAUGAAGCUAUUGUAAUUUCGUUCCAAACAGUUUUCAUUUGUCUACACUGUCUAAUUAUACAACAAUCAUAAUAAAAUGUUCCGGAGAUUAUAAAAAUCUCAUGAGAACAAAAAUACUUUUUAAUGUAUAUUUCGCAUUUAAUUAUUAUAUUUUUUUUUUUUUACAUACAAAGUCUUAUGGUUUUAAAUUUGAAAUGUAGAAAACCGAAAGCCGAAUCAAUUGUCACUGAACCAAUACCAGCAACAAGCGGGCCAAAAAGCCAUGAGUGCUGAUUCGAUUUUGGCUAUGUUCCGGAAUUUCAACGCGACAAUGGCCAUGUCGGAGAUGGGCAACUACCUGUCAGCGUCUACGACGCCCAGCUGCUCCAGUCUACAAGACGAAGUAGUGGGAAGUGACGAUGAAUCGUUUGUGUCUAGUACCGUUCAUUCGCCUGGUGGUGGCAGUAAAGAAUCGCCCACGCGGUACCGUUACUCCAACGUGAUCCAAGUAAGGCAUUCUACGUCGCCAAGUUCAGAAAUACAAUAAUAAUGAAACAAUAUAAAUACAAAAUAUGUUUUAAACCAUUAUCCAUCUACUUAGUUACCCGUUGUAGACAUGUUGAGCUCGCAACGGAACAACUCGAACAACCCACUGAACAGCCUUCAACAUCCACCGUCCAUACUUCUUGAAGUGCCCAACUACCGGAUGGACUGUCUGUCACCAAUACACGAACUCCCAACUCCUGCACCGUCACCGUCACCAACGCCGAUCAUAUCGAGACGGUCGGCGUUCAGUUGCCUGAAAGACAUGGACAACGACGAUCACCAACAGCAACAACCCGGGCAGUUGCAGCAACAUCAGCCGCAAAAACAACAACAACAGGUUUGGACGAUUAUUAUUGUUUUUUUUUUUCACGAAGAACAUUACCUAAAAUCGUUUCCCCCAUCAAGGUGGUAUCGCUAAACGUGCCGACGGAACUGCCCGCAGCUACGGUGGCUGAACGAGCAAAACAACUGACCAUACCCAUGUUGGUCAUACAACAGCCGACACCUAUUAACUCGCCCAGUGUCGAGUAUCCCGGGUCGCCGCCUCCGCACAAGGAGAAACCAUCCAGCCGAAAGAUGCUGAAAGACAUGGAGAAACCGAUAUCCCUGGACCUGCCAGCCCCGCCACCAGUCAUCACGGUGACGUGCAUGAGCGAUUCGGACACGGAAUCGGUAACCACAAAAAACGGUACGGACUCGUCAAAAAACGGCGGAGGCAUGUGUUACCUUAGUCCGUUUUCUAUGUGUUCCCGGGCCGACAGGAUAGCCUCGGAGUCCAACCUCAGCUCUUCCGGGUACAGUUCAGGCCCGUCCCGGUGCAAUUCCAACACUCGUCUGUGCCCGUUGGACUGUGGUGAAGAGCCGACGAGGCCCCGGCUAUCACCACUGAUCCACACACCCCAGAUCAGGGAGCCAAGCGCGAUGGACUCGGAGACGACGUUUUCCGAGAACGACGACGAAGGUUUCGACACGGAGACCACGGACCACACCGCUGGGCUGCCAUUGGAGAGGGAUGACUGUAAGACUUCGGGGGGUAUUAUGUGGGGGAAACACUACCGGGGCAUCGGUGGUUCUGGGGGAUGUUCUGAACUAGAAACUGAAUCGCCAAAGUCUUUAUUGGCUGGUGGCGUGGAAGCGGACUCAAUGCACAACCGUCACCAUUCGCAGCAGCAGCCACUACCUUCGAUCACGGUUCAACAGUAUCCGUCUACAUUGCACCUGUCUACGGAUAUGCUGCAAGAAAAGAGUCCGGUGAGCUCGAGGAGUGAGAGCCCUUUGAGCGACAAGACGGUUUUCAGGUUCUCGCCAAUGUUUUACGGGCGUAUUACUGACUCGGAUAGUAUAUACGACUUUACCAGCUCGGAUUGCGCGGCUAUCAAGAAACGGACGGGCAAAAAAAGAGAACGGAAAAAGAGACACCCUGCAGUCGGCGGUGGCAGUUCAUUGCCUUGUGCUACUACCUCAUUGGAAAUGACGAAUUAUGUUAGCGGUGGCGGCGUCAACAACAGCAACUUCCUCCUGUUGGACGUACCCGGCAGGAAUGAUAAAAAAAAACCCCGGUCCAAACCUAACACGAGGAGACGAUCCCGAUCACAACAGACAAUCCUGCCGAGUUCGUCGUCGUCCACCGACAGUCUAAAUGAUUGCACUAAGUAAGUAGUAAAUCAUCAUUUAUUUGGCUGUUUUUUUUCCCGCUUUAAUCAUAAAAUAUUAACAUGGUUGUCCACAGGACUAGAUAUAGUAACCGGCACAAACGUUCCAACGAUUCGGUACAGAAAAAAUACGUUUCCCAGGAAACUUGGUCAGAUCGUGCCAAGAGCGGUAUGGAAGACCAAAAACCCGGAAAGAAGAAAUCCAAAUCGAAUCACACCGAAAACAGAAGACGUUUAAAGUAAGUUCAGCCCGAAUUAAAACCACGGGAGGUUGGUAAUAUUAUACAAUACCUAACAGACUUAAAAAUACAUUUAGAUCCAAAAGUCUGGAUAGCAUAUAAAAUACAUCUCUUCUAUAGAUUAGUCCCAUAGUUUAAUAUUGUUAACGGUAUGAACUCGACAGGUUUCAAAACAAGACAGUAAGCGAUCAAGGGCUUUGGGAUGGAUCAGAAAACGAAUAUGAUGCGCCAAACUUUGCGUCUUUGCCGACUCUGCAGGUCAUUGGAAAUGGCAGAAGUCCCGGGAAUCCUGAGGUGACGGCUGCUAUCAGGAAAAAGGACAAAUCCAUUGCGCUGGCUAAGUCUUCGAAUGGAUUUCGAAAGAGGGUCACGGCUUCCGAUUGA